UGGCUCUUGGGUUAGGGGCACUGUUGAUGCUCAUGGCCUGGACCAAGAGCACUGGCCCCGGUGCUUCUCCACCCUCCUCUGGCUCCAUAACCAAGAAGAGGACCGGUGAGGGUCCUAGCUCCCAAGAUAAGGCGGAGCGGAGGACAAAGGCAAGACACGACGCUCGCAAGCAACGUAUCGAGGAAAAGGGCGUGACGUGUGAACGCUAA